GGGUGGGGGUGUUAAUAAAACUGGAUAAGGACCGACUGCCCAAUCACAACCCAGACCCGAACCCGUUAAAGUCAACCAACACCGUAUAACUUGAACCGUCUCCGUCUCCGUCUCCUCCUCCUCCUCCUCCUCCCUCCCACAAUUACCAUCCUACCCCUCCCCCCCUUUUCCCCCAUUGCUUCCAGUUUUGCUCAAACAUUACUGCACCUUUUCUUUCUUUGACUCUCUUCUCCUCCCCCCCCCCCCCCUCUCUCUCAUCAAUGGAAGACUCUCACUCGCUCCCUCACACUUCUUUCUCUCGUUCCCAACACUCGCCAUCCGGUAAUGCUACGCCUCAACUCACAUCUGCUCAUGAUCACGUCGCUGACGGUCCCGGUGCUGCCGGAUCCAGCAACGGAGCUAAGUAUCGGCUUAUGUCUCCGGCCAAGCUCCCGAUCUCUAGGUCGACUUGUAUUACUAUUCCACCUGGCCUCAGUCCGACCUCGUUCCUCGAAUCCCCUGUUCUUCUCUCUAACAUCAAGGCGGAGCCUUCUCCAACGACUGGUUCCUUUUUCAAGCCUCAGUUGAUGCAAGGCUCUGGUGAAAAUGCAGCACUUUCGCUGCAGAAACAUAUUUCCAGUGGCAACACAACUGAUGAAAGAACAUCCAGCAGUUUUGAGUUUAGGUUUCAUACUGGAGCCAAUUCUACAUCAGGAGUGUCAUCCGCAGGGCUGGCGAUUCCUGUGGGGUUGAAUCGAAAUGGACCAGUCAUUCAUCAAGAUCAACGGCAUACACAACAAUCUUCUGCACCUUCAUCUCUGGCUUCACAAUCUGUUGCCGUGGGUAUACAUGAUUCAUCCAUCUGUAGCACCACUGAUGAAUUAAAUCAGGCAGGACAAUCGAAUACAGGCAAUCAAGCAUCAUCAUCUGAUCAUAAAGAUAGCAUCUCCUCAGUGUCAGCUGAGAGAACGUCAGAUGAUGGGUAUAACUGGAGAAAAUAUGGGCAGAAGCUGGUUAAAGGAAGUGAAUUUCCACGAAGUUAUUACAAGUGUACAUAUCCAAAUUGCGAGGUGAAAAAGAUAUUUGAACGUUCUCCAAGUGGACAGAUCACAGAAAUUGUGUACAAGGGUUCACAUGAUCAUCCAAAACCUCAAGCUGCACGUCGCCAUAAUCCUGGUGCUCUUUUGUCCAUUCAAGAGGAUAAACUUGACAGGGACUUAUCGUUCACUGGUCAAGAGGACAAGUUGAACACCAAUAACAUGGAGCAAAAUGGCUCUCCGGCAUUGUCUCCUCUGCAAGCGAAUGAAGAUGGUGUAGAUGGUUCAGGUUCACAAUUUCAGGCCAUUAAUGAUGAGGUUGAGGAGGAUGAUCCUUUUCUGAAGCGGAGGAAAAUGGAGGAUAGUAUCGAUGUCACUCCAAUUGUUAAGCCCAUUCGUGAACCUCGAGUAGUUGUUCAAACUGUGAGUGAGGUCGAUAUACUGGAUGAUGGAUAUCGUUGGCGGAAGUAUGGACAGAAAGUUGUCCGAGGCAAUCCAAACCCUAGGAGUUAUUACAAGUGCACAAAUGCUGGAUGCCCUGUGAGGAAGCAUGUGGAAAGGGCAUCUCACGACCCCAAAGCCGUUAUAACUACUUAUGAAGGAAAGCACAACCAUGACGUCCCAACUGCCAGAAACAGCAGCCAUGAAUUUGCUGCAACUGCACCAUAUGGUGGAGCACCAAAAAUCAGGCCACAAGAAAGUAGUUCAAUUAGUCUUGAUCUUGGUGUUGGAAUCGGGCAUGUGGCUGAGAAUAGGACCAAUGAACAGGGGCAAGCUUUGGACACUGAAGCCGCACAAAGCCAAAUUGUUCCAAAUAAUUCCAGUAUGACGGUCAUUCAAGCAUCACAAAUCCCUGCAUGCUACGGUAUUGUAAACGGUGGCUUGAAUCUGUAUGGAAAUAGAGAAAAUCGUGUCGAAGGUCAUAGCUUUCAAUCUCCACCGCUACAUCCUUCUAACCAAUGUCCGCAAAACCUUGGAAGAAUACUUAUGGGGCCUUAAAAUUGUAGCUGAAUACUAUGGAUAUAUAAUAUUAAAAUUUGAAUUCUAGUAAAACUAAGGGGUAUUAUCCUCAUGGUAAGUAAAUUAGGAA